ACUUUCUACAAUAACAUAGAUUAUAGAUGCAAAACUUAACUUGAAACACGUUUAUGAGGGAUUUAUGUGUGAAGUAAAAUAAAAAUCAUAUAUAUAUCUGCCUAAUUAUAUAAUAAUUGUAAUAGUUUAUGAUGGUAGAUGAAUCAACGAAGAAAACAUUAAGUAAUAUUCCAUUGUUACAAACAAAAGCAGGCCCUAGAGAUAAAGAAUUAUGGGUGCAAAGAUUGAAAGAAGAGUACCAAGCUUUAAUUCAAUAUGUAAAAAAUAAUAAAGAAUCUGACAAUGAUUGGUUUCGUCUGGAAUCAAAUAAGGAAGGUACAAGAUGGUUUGGAAAAUGUUGGUACAUACACAAUUUAUUAAAAUAUGAAUUUGAAAUUGAAUUUGAUAUACCUGUUACAUAUCCUAUAACAUCACCUGAAAUUGCUUUACCAGAACUAGAUGGUAAAACAGCAAAAAUGUAUAGAGGUGGAAAGAUUUGUUUAACAGAUCAUUUUAAACCUUUAUGGGCACGUAAUGUACCAAAAUUUGGUAUUGCACAUGCUAUGGCACUUGGUCUUGGACCAUGGUUAGCAGUUGAAAUUCCUGAUCUUAUAGAAAAAGGUGCUAUAACUCAUAAAGAUAAAAUUGAUGAACAUAAAUUAUAAAAAAAAGAAUAAUUAUAUAAUAUAAAUGAAAAUUAUUUGUUAAUAAUUUUGUUAAUUAAUGUAAAUUACUUUUUAAUUUGUUUUAAUAAAUUGUAAGAAAAUUUAUAUAAUAAAUACAUUAAUUUUUAUAUUUAAUAUAUAAUA